AUGGAACGUUUCCCCAAAGUACCGAAAGGUACUUCUCAGCCUUCUUCAGACGGCUAUGACGUUCAGAUCAGAGCUAAAGGUGGUAAAAAUGUCUUCUCACCUCCUCGAACUCAGUACUGGAAGAAAAUUAUCAACUAUAUCUUUGGGGGUUUCAAUUUCCUCAUGUGGAUUGCGUUUAUAUUGUCUCUGCUGUCAUAUGAACCGCUAGGGGCUCCAUCUCCUGCUGUUUUUAAUCUCGGUGUUGCGGUCUUAUUAAUUUUAGUGAUCAUCGUGUCUGCGACGUUUUACGCUUUUGUGGAUUGGAAUGCCUCUCGUAUCAUGAAGUCCAUCAAAUCACUUGUCGCUCAAGAGGCUGUAGUCAUAAGAGACAGUAAGCAACAGGUUAUCCCAGCUUCAGACGUCGUCGUUGGAGAUGUCGUCCAACUGAGUACUGGGGAUCGCGUACCUGCCGACCUGAGACUCGUUCAAGUGACUCCCGAUCUUCGGUUCGAUCGUUCUUUGUUCACCGGAGAAAGUGAUAUGGUUCCUGGGGCCGUAGACGCGACUUCCGACAACGUACUCGAGACACGCAACCUUGCACUCACGUCUACAUUCGUGGUACAAGGGACCUGCACAGGAGUGGUCUUUGCUACUGGUGACAGAACAGUAAUGGGUCGUAUCGUGUCGAUGUCUGGUGACACAAAGUUCAAGAUGACAACUAUCCAGCGAGAGGUCUGGUUUUUUACGAAGAUCAUAUCUGGCCUUGCAUUAUCCUUGUUCGGUAUAUCUAUCCUCCUUUGGGGCGUGUGGCUCAGGACAUCCUUUCCUGGCUACGAGACCUCUAGCGGUGCUAUCAUUAAUUCGAUUGGAUGCCUUACCUCUUUUGUUCCUCAGGGACUUCCUGUUUGUGUCGCACUGUCCUUGACAGUUGUCGCGAGACGCAUGGCUAAACGUCACGUUCUCGUCAAGAAUCUAGCAACCAUAGAGACACUCGGGUGCAUGUCGGUCCUAUGCUCAGACAAGACAGGCACGUUGACCGCAGGAGAAAUGGUAAGUUCUUUCAUUUCCAGUGCUUCUCAACCUGGUCGAUUCUCAGCAUUGAAAGCCUUACACAUGGUUGCUAGACUUUGCAAUGGUGCCAAAUUUAACGCUGCAUCAGAAAACCUUCCCAUCGAAGAGCCUACUGUCAAAGGCGACCCGACAGAUUCAGCUGUUCUGCGCUUCUCCCAGUCAUUGUCUAUACCUAGUCUUGAUGUCGACACUACAGCUCUACUUUCUUCGUGGAAGAAGACCUUCGAGAUUCCUUUUAACUCCAGAAAUAAAUGGAUGUUAACGGUUGUAAACCAUUGCCAAGAAUCGGGUGAGAAAGGUUCUGAACCGUGGUUGCUCGUCAAAGGUGCUCCAGAUGUUCUGUUUCCCUCAUGCGAAAGCAUCAUGAACACAGAUGGUACCAUCGUACCCUUUGGCAAUGAUGCGAGACGAGGCAUAUCUGCUUUACAAAAUGAAUGGUCUGAUCAAGGACAGCGUGUGCUCGCACUCUGUCGGAAGCAGCUGGAUGGCAUCAAGACGAAUGUAUCGCCAAACGACAUGGAGGAGAUGAUGUAUGCGGAGGUGCAAGGACUGACGCUGGUUGGGAUCAUUGGUAUUCGGGACCCCCCGCGUGCCGAUGUUCCGUCCGCCAUUGUGACGAUUAGAAGAGCGGGCGUUAGGGUAUUCAUGGUCACGGGAGACUUCAAGCUUACUGCCGUGGCCAUUGCACGCCAGGUUGGGAUCGUCACACAAGAUCAUCUUGAUACCAUCAGUAAUAUCAGGGUUUCAGAUUACUCCAAGGAGUUCUCGGUCGUUCCGCUUUCUGCGGUUAAACCGUCUGAAGACGAUCCGAUUCGAUCGCUUGUUCUGACCGGAGAUGAUGUAGCCUCUCUUAGUCCUGAAGAUUGGAAUAUCAUUGUUGGUCGAUAUACAGAAAUUGUGUUUGCACGGACGACCCCUGAUCAGAAGCUAAGGAUUGUAGAAGAAAUCAAAGCCCGCGGAGACAAUACCGUCGCGGUCACAGGAGAUGGGGUUAAUGAUGCACCUGCUCUGAAAGCUAGCGAUAUUGGUGUUGCGAUGGGAAGUGGGAGCGAUGUUGCGAAAGAAGCAGCUUCCCUCAUUCUCCUCAACAAUGACUUCUCGUCCAUCCCUGUCGCGAUUGAAAUGGGACGGCUUGUAUUUGACAAUCUGAAAAAGGUCAUUCUCUACUUGACGCCAGCUGGAAGCUACGCGGAGUUCAUGGCAGUGCUAGGAACCGUUUUCUUCGGCAUGCAAAUCCCGAUGAGCUCGUACUUACAAGUCUGUUUUUGUAUUACCAACGACGUGGUCAUGUCGAUCUCGUUGAUGUACGAGAAGCCUGAAGCGGACCUUAUGCUACGAAAGCCGCGGAACGCGAGGACUGACCGUCUGAGUGAUUGGCGGUUUUUCGUGCAGGUUUAUUUUUUCAUAGGGCUGAUGAUAUGGCCGUGUGCCAUGAGUAUGUGGUUCUUGUACAUGCACCAACAUGGCCUCAGCUUUUACGACGUUAUCCUGGUUUACAACAAGUGGACGGACGGGUGGAAAGGCCAUUCGACAAGUGAUCUGACGCAACUCGUUAACGUCGGCCAGUGCAUCUACUACGUGACCAUCGUGUUCAUGCAGUGUGGGAGCCUGCUUUCUGUGCGCAACCGACGUGUGUCUAUCCUAAACUCCAACCCUCUUUGGGGUCCCCGUCGCAACCUCGUAGUCCCUCUUGGCAUGAUCGGAACUGCUCUCAUCGCAGUCGUCAACCUGUACGGACCGGGGUUGAAUAGCGUAUUUGGGACGGCUCCUAUACCGAGGAUGUUCUGGGGCCUUCCGUUCUGCUUUGCUUUGGGUGUGUUGAUCAUGGAUGAAAUCAGAAAGGCGAUUGUGAGGAAUUACCCAAAGUCAAUUAUCGCUGCUAUGGCCUGGUAAAGUCACAUUCGAGCUUAGUCUUGACGUUUUAUUACUCGCAUCGAAUCUUUUUGGGAAAUGUACUUUUUAUUUUCUUCAUAUUUCUUGGGACUUAAUUGUAGAGUAUGUUUUCUACUCAACUUGUUGCACCUCUAUAUCAUUUGAUGUGGCUGGUGUGGCUAAUGGAAGCUACAAUAUACUGCAUUCCUUUUUUUUUUUUUUUUUUUGUAGACCGCAGUCUGAGUAAACGCUGGCCAAAUAUUUGUGGGGUUAAAUUGUAUCACCUGGUCUUUGAUUGACACUUGUAUUUCAGGUUCAAGACCUGUAUCAAAUCAGACGCUCACUGAUUUGGUCGAUAGGUGGGAACUAUCAAUUUGAAGCCCCCUUUUAGGAGAGUUGAUGAAGUACUUGUGGUAUCUAUGGAACAAUUAUGUUACUUGUACAUUCUGCAUCUACUUUCUAUACACGAACAUCAGAUUU